CUGUCUUCUUACAGAUGUAUUGUCUCUUUUUCCCUUGCUAAAUGAUGAGCAAAUUAGAUUCUGAUGUUGCUCAUAAACAUGUUUUUUUCCUUGCAACUCUCUCUAAACCUGUGAUAUUGAGCCACUUCCUUGAACUGGAAAGUCACUGAAAACAUAAAAGAUCCCCUAUCUCUUCAUCCGAAGGUGUCUAUAGCUGUCUACAAAUGAUGGCUUCACCUCAUACCAGUAUGUAUAUAUCCAAACUAAGAGAACUUGUGAAACAUGAAGGAGACAAAAAUAAAUCUCAGUGGAAAACUAUGGGGCCAGCAAAAGUUGCAGUGCCAUCUCCAAAUGAUUUUCUGCAGAAACGUUCCAAGGAGUCCAAGCUAACACCAAAAAAAAAAGAAGAGGAUGGUAAAAAAUUGCUCCCAUUAUCAGUGCCACCCAGGACAUACCACCCAGUUACUCGCAUUAAAAAGAAUUUUAUAAGUAAAAAUGCACUUGCUGUUAUGACAGGGGAGCCUAAAAAGCCUCGACAUUUUUGUGUUGAUACAAGACAGGGAGAUAAAUAUCUCCUUGAACCUUCAGGACUUUUUCCAAAAUACAUUAACAAAAAGAAUUAUGGCGUUUUACCAAAAUAUGUGAUACAGAGAAAUGAAGAAAUGAAGAGAGAGGAGGAAGAAUACCAAGCCAGUGUUUUGGAGCAACUCAAGAAGAAAGCUAUGAAACUACUAUCUGAAGAAGAAAGGACAAAUGUUCUGAAGGCACUGAAAAAGAACUGGGAGGAAAUAAAUCGUGCAUAUCAAAGUCUUCCAAUAGUAACAGACACCAGGUACAAGCAGAUGCAUAAAGAAGAGCUGGAAUUAAAGCUGAAACAACUGGAGCAUGACAUAGCAGCAAUUGAGAAGCAUAAAUGUGUCUACAUUGCAAACAUAUAAGGAUUGUUGUUCAGAUAUGGUCUCUAUUCUCCUUUUUCCCUGUCCCCACAUCUCCAAGAAGUGCCUCUCUAAAUUCUCACAAGAUGCUACUGUCAACUAUUUAGAAGGAAACGCUCAACUAAGUAUGUAGCAUCUUAGAAAAGUUGUUACAUGUAAUUCUCAUCUGUACAAUUCCCAAACAUUUUGAAAUAAAAUGCUUAACUCAACUUUGAGUAUGAAUAAUGAAUUUAAUUUAUUAUUCUUUGUAAUUUUUAUUAACUACUAGGAUUUCUAUAAACAUCAUACAAAAAGCAUAUAAAACACUGUUUCUUAUGUUUGGAGUACAUCUUUCCUUGCCUAGCCAAAACAAAAGGAAAUAAUUGGCUGCAGAAGACAGCUUGGUAAAUAUAACUUCAGGAUGGAAUGGCUUCUGGACUAUAUAUUAAAGAGAUGUUUUGCUUUACUUAAAA